AUGCCUGCUGAUCGUUUUGCACCAUAUCCAUUACCACCACAUAUUAAUCACAAUGAAUAUCGAAAGAAUGCAAAACCAAUUAUGGAAAAACGAAGACGCGAAAGAAUUAAUCGAAGUUUAGAAGAAUUAAAAACUCUUAUUCUUGAUAAUGCAACAACAAAUAAUGUACGUAGUCAUAAAUUAGAAAAAGCUGAUAUUCUCGAAAUGACUGUUAAACAUUUACGAGCUGUUUAUAAACAUAAAUUAGCUAGUGCUGCUGCUGUUGAUCCAACAAUAGCUUCUAAAUAUCGUGCUGGUUAUGGUGAAUGUGCCAAUGAAAUAAUUCGUUUUUUAACUACAACACCAAAUGCUGAUUUAGAAUUAAAAACUAAACUUAUAUCACAUUUAUCAACUCGUAUACAAAAUCUAUCAUCAUUAUCUAUUCUACCACCUAUUCAACCAUCAUUAGCACAAAUACAUUCAACUACUGGUUUAUUAACAAAAACCGAUCGUUAUUCAGUUAAUUCAUCAACAAAUAAUCAAUACAUUUUUAUUUUACCUCAACAAGAACAACAACAACUACAAAGGCAACAACAACAACUUCAAAAUACAUCUACAACAUAUGAUGAAAAUGAUUGUACUUCAACAUCAUCGAAUAAUUCAAGUGAUUGUGAAUCAUUAAGAUCAGAAGUCAUAACAACAACAACAACACCUACAGAUAGUCCAGCAAGUACAAUGAUUGAAUCUCCAUCUAAAGUAUGGCGACCAUGGUGA